GCUUCUGCUAUACUUUCAGUACUGAAUGUCAAAUGGUCAUGAAUGUCCUUUGGACAAGACUGGGUGAAACUGGAAAAGAUUGGCGUUAUGUAUACAAGGCAUUAGCUGUCAUAGAAUAUUUGGUAGCACAUGGAUCUGAACGUGCAGUUGAUGACAUUAUAGAACAUACUUUUCAGAUCUCUGCACUUUCUAGUUUUGAAUAUGUCGAACCUAGUGGGAAGGAUGUGGGACUCAAUGUAAGGAAGAAGGUUGAAAACAUUGUGUCACUUUUGAAUGAUAAAGAUAAGAUACAUGAAGUCAGAAAUAAAGCUGCAAACUGUGACAAGUAGGUCAAAUAUUUCAAUAUUUUCAUCCUAGAAAUAUUAGGUUGAUAAAGAUCUACUCUAAAUUGUGUAUUAAUUUUCUUUUUUUUGUCUUGGG